AUGCCCUCCCGCAGUGCAGGACGCCUGCAGGCCAGGCCGGAUGGCAACAUCACGCGCCGAGGAAUCAUUGGCGACAUCUUGAAUGGACCCAACACCUCUAUCUCUCCUAGCACUACAUUCCCGGCGGGUGAGCCAGCGCAGACUCCGAGUAUCGACUCUCAGGGUGACGAUGUAGCUGAUAGCCAAGCAGUCGGUGUUCUUGCCAUUGUCGCUCUUUUCUUGUUUCUCUGGCGUCGAAGACGCCAAAGACGCCAAUCAUUUGCCCAACUGCCUUAUGGUGCACAUCCCUACGAGAAGAAGUCUCCUUUACCACCCGUAAAUGAUUUUUCUGUCGACGCCGAAGCCGGCUACAAGUACUCCCACGAACAGCAUCACUAUCGCAAAUUCCAAGGUCAGCCCUCGCAAUUUGAUCGCGAAGCCACUACAGCGGCAUGGGCCCAACACAGUCCCCCACCCCCACAGCCUGAGAGCGAGACCGGCAUCAUUAAAAUCUUCCGCUGGCCUACCCUCUCAACACGGUCGACCAUGCCAUCGACAAUGCGAUCAACCAUUAGCAGUUCCCAUAAUGAGCAGUACAGCACACAGUCUGGCAAGCUCAAGCCGAGCUCCUCACGUGCUUCAAGGAGCACAAUCUCGACAAUGUUGCGCAAAUCUCGCCGUGACAUUGCGGAGAGAGCGGAGACGGCGAACGCCGCAAUAGAAGCAGCAGCGCUUGAGGAGAAGAUGAGAAUGAUGGACGCUGACUCGCCGCAGCCCAGUCCCAUCCCCAGCCCCGACCCCCUUACUAGCUGGCCUGAGCCUUUAGUGCUGCCGCAAGAGAAGUUCCAAGCUACGGGACUUUCACCGCCGGCGAUUCGCAGGAAGCCGGUUCAGAAGCAGAGGCAAAAUCUCGCCAGGCAGAGUCUUGCCAAGCAGAGGCAGAGCGUCACGAGCAUAGCAAGUUCGGGGGGCUUCCCACUUUUCGGUUCCUCCAAGUAUAGCGGACCGGCCACUACCGCCUUUACCAUCCACAGUAUACAAGCCGUACAGACGGGAUGA